AUGACCAGUCUUCGCCCCAUGAUGGUGGAAGACUUGCUUCAUUUCAAUGCGGUAAAUCUAGAUACUUGGACGGAGACAUUCAACAUGAACUUCUAUUUCAGCUACCUUACGUGCUGGCCGGAAUGCUGCGCCGUUGCGGAAGCCAUUGAUGGCAGCAUCGCUGGAUACAUUAUUGGCAAGGUCGAGGGUUCGGGCCAUGAGUGGCACGGCCACGUCUCGGCCAUCUCUGUCGCGCCAGAGUUCCGGCGGACCGGCGUAGCCAACAGGUUAAUGGAAUACCUGGAAGAGGUGAGUGAAAAGGUGCACGACUGCUAUUUUGUCGACCUUUUCGUGCGGCCUACAAACACUGCCGCGAUCAAGUUCUACGAAGGACUGGGGUACGUCGUUUAUCGAACCGUGACGGGUUACUACUCUGGCGAUGAGGAUGCGUAUGACAUGAGAAAACCUCUACCGCGAGAUGUCAAUCGCAAGUCGGUUGCGAACGCCGGCUUUCGGAUUUCCCCCGAAGCCCUCCAUGCCAGCACGAGUUGA